UUCCUAAAUUGUUUGGUGUUUGCUGUUUGGUUUUUGUUAUCUUUCUUUCUCUGUCUCCCUUCUUUUUGUUUCUCUCUCUGAGUCUGAGGAGGUUUGUGUCAGUAGUGGAAACCCGCGACAUUCCUAGAUUUGCCAAAUGCCCUUCUGGAGUUCGUUUUUGGAGAUUUUGUUGAUUGGCGCAACCACCAAACCAAAAACAUUCGUUUCUUCUCACCCUUCAAGCUUAUCCCUUUCAAACACGAAGAAAAAAAAGGUGGCAUUUUCCAGAUAACACCAGCGACCUGCAGCCUAUCAAAACAAAACAGGGAUGGGGAAUGACUCAUAUGCAAUGAAAGGAGGAGAGGGUUCUCACAGCUAUGCUCAAAACUCCAACUUUCAGAGAGCUAUAAUUGAAGUUCGUAAAAAGUUGAUCGAUGAGGCAAUAACCAAAUGCUUUGAUCUCGGAGCCUAUGCUGAACACACAAGCUCAAUUUGUAUAGCAGACAUGGGUUGCUCUACAGGACCAAAUACAUUUCUUGCCAUGCAAAUUAUAAUAGAUGCAAUAGAGCACCAAUUCCAAUCACAUGGUCUUGCUACUCAAAGUUCAAAACUCCAAGUUUUCUUUAAUGACCAUGUCACAAAUGACUUCAACACGCUCUUCAAAAAUCUUCCACCGAAUAGGAAGUAUUUUGCAGCUGGUGUACCUGGCUCUUUUCGUGGACGCUUAUUUCCAAAGGAAACACUUCAUUUGGUCCAUUCUUCUUCAUCUCUAUGUUGGCUCUCUACAGUGCCCAAAGAAAUUACAGACAGAAAUUCAAGUGCAUGGAACAAAGGGAGGAUUCAUUGUACAAAUGUCCCCAAGGAGGUUGCAGAAGCCUACGCAACCCAGUAUAAAAUGGACUUGGAAAAUUUCCUCCAUGCUAGAGCACAAGAACUUGUGGAAAAUGGACUAAUGAUACUUCAAAUUCCUGUAGCACCAGACGUGGUUCUUGAUUCAGAAGUAGACCCUAAUAGAGCUUUUGAACUUUUGGGAUCUUGCCUGGUGGACAUGACCAAAGGGGGACUGAUUAGUGAAGAAAAAGUGGACUCUUUCAAUGUGCCUUUCUUUUACUCACAUGUUAAGAAUGUGAAGGAAAUUCUUGAAGCAAAUGGUAGUUUCAGUAUAGAGUGUAUGGAAACAUUAGAUAUCAAAGAUAUUUUUGCAUUCCCAAGUGCACAUAUUUUUGUUUCCACGUACAGAGCAGCGCUGGAAGAGUUAAUUAAGAAGCAUUUUGGUGGAGGAAUUAUUGAUGAGCUUUUUGAUCGCUACGCUGAGAAAGUUAAGGAAUUUCCAGAUAUCAUGAAUUCAAAGAAGCUAAAAAUAGUCAUGUUGUAUGCUCUUCUCAAGCGCAAGUCAAAAGCAUAGGUAGCUAUAGGGCCUAGGGCUUACACGUUCUGGUUUCUUUUCAGCAACAAUGUGUUGUUCAUCAACCAAUAAAUUUAUUUCAGUUUUAGAAUUUUAAUAAGCAGAAGAACCCUCAUGAUAUUUCCUGAGAAAACUGUAAUAUGUUGUUACUUUAAUUUUUACUGGGGCUCUGCAGUAUCAGUUACUCUAUAUUAGUCUUUCAAUAGUGUUUUAGUAGUAUUGUAUUAUUG